UCACACUGUUUGAAGACUGCACAUUCCAUGAUCACAUUACAAACUGCACGCAAUAAACUAGUGUGUAGCAAGAGAGAUAACACUAAACUGAACACAAUUAUAAGCAACUGUGAAAACUACUGGAACACAAUGCAGAUGUUACGGCAUUCAAUUAAUAAAAUCUCUCCCAUCUGCAGGGUUGGGACGGCAAUAUCAAACUCGUCAAAAUGUAAGGAAAUAGCUUUUGCCAUUGCAAAAAGGUGUCUGGUCUCAGGAACAUUAGAUGAUGUUAUCAUUCGUGAAGCUCAGAUUGAAGACCAUGGAGCCGUCAUGGCAAUCCAGCCAAACUUAAACGAAGGCAUGGACUCCCUCAAUGAGUACUUCCCAAAGUAUUUGGCGAACCAUAGCUAUAAAUGUUAUGUGGCAGAGAUGCAUAGGAAACUCCUGGCAUACAUGCAGUACCUGACUGUAGAUGGUGGUCACACAGUUGUGAUCUGUGAAGACCGUGUUAAGGAUGACGUUAAACCCCCAGAAGUGCAUGAACUUUUGAGAGGCUACACUAUGGACAAAAUCAAAGCAAACAGUCCAAAGUUGGAAAACAUUUACUCCAUGAGGUUAAUGGAAGACCCUGGAGGUUUACACGAUAUUGGAAAGCGUCGCUGGUCUACUUUCAGGGCUACAAACCUGACACCUAUUGUCUGGAGUGGUGUUAAAAACACUCAACUGAUAGCCCAUGACAAAUUCCUUGACAUUAUGCAUGAUCCCGAGACAUGCGAGCAACUGUUUCCUGACAAACGCAUUGUGAGUUUCUGGGAGGUGUUUGAUACAGUGAAGGGGGUCGAGACUAAUAUAAGCCAUAUCUUGAACCAGUCAUGGGUGUAUGUGACCUACACAGACAACCCAGUCAACAAGGCAACUAUAGCACUCAGUACAGGCACGCCUGCAAGAUGUGAGAAAGGUCUGCGUCUUGACAUUGAUUUCUAUGGUGACCGCUUGGAUGACUUUAAAUCGCACAUCGUAGCUCAUUGUCAAAGAGCGAUCCACUAUAAGGAGCACCACGAAUCAUUGGUCCCUGUUCUUUGCUUCCCAGCGAUAUUAGAUGUUAAGCUAGUGGAAGAUUAUUGCGUGAAUACUUUAGGAUGGAACAGUGGUCCAAUGUCCAAGGAUAAACCACUCUUUGAACCCACUAAACUUCAUGGAAACUAAAUUAGCAGAAUCAGGAUAUUAGUUUGAAUAUUAGCUUCAAAUGAUGAGCAAAUAGCCCAAAAUGUAAAUAGCCUAAAAUUGAUGAAACAAAUGUCUUGUUGAAAAAACUAUUAAUGUUUUAUAUAUGAGUGAGGGAGAUUACAUCUUGAGAUAGCCUAAUCUAUUUACACAAAACAAAAAUACAUGUAAUACACAUUUGGCAAUUUCUUGAAUAUUAAAAUACUUCUUUGUUUUUACAGAAAGUACCACAGUGGCAAUUGACCCCAAAGUACUCCCAAUACUAUACACAAUGUAUAAAAUUAUAUUUACCUUUUCAUGGAUCCAACAGAUUUUGGGGAAAAUGUCUCUGGAACAACAUUUUUUGGAAUAGAGUCUAUCUCCUCCUUUUCUUUCUUCAGUUUCCUUUCUUGUAAGCAAUGCCUCUCAGCUCUCACGUCUGAAAUAUUUUCUCUCUUUGCCAGCAAUGGGGAGGUUGACAGUAGAACAAUAUCAGCAUUCUCUCCAGAUCUCUCGUCUUUUAAUGAUUCUGAAAAAUAAAGUUGAAUAUAUAUAAUAUGUCACACUGAAUUCCAAACUAUUUCUCCCAAAAUUAAUGCAUUUUUGUGGUGAGAGAAAACUCGGGAGAGUGACACAUGUUUGUACAGCAAUUAAUACAAAGUAGGCUCAAAUGUUUCAGUGUUGGCAAUAUAUUUCUUCAUAAAUUAAAAAUUCUUCUCAUAAAAAAUAUAUUUCACAAGACCAGAGAGACUUCAAAAGAUGGCAGCACUGAUAAUACCUAAAGUUCUAAGUCAGAAGAAGUGAGUAGCUCCCAUAAUUCUUUGGUAUUGGCUUGGUAUUCAUGAACAUAAUUUGAGCCAGGCCAUGGGAAAAGGGGUCUUAUCACAGAUUUUUUUGGAAUUUAGCAUAUUUUCCUCUUAAUUUUGGGCACAUUUUUGGCUCUGUAGCACAAUUCUAAUUUUAGUGAUAGUGAUAAGACCGUUUUUUAUGUCGAAGCUCAUUUUUUUCUAAACUAUGGUAAUAAUAUUUUAGUUACUCCAUUAUUUGUAGAAAAUAAUCAUAAACCAACAACUAACAUUCAGAGAUCAAUUUCAAUGGCAAAUGAGACCUCUUAAUAAAAUUGAUAAUCGAAUGUGCCAGUACAAACAAUCAUCAUUGGAAAUCUCCCCCAACCUGGUUCCAAGUGAUAUACUUUUUG